CAAGAAAAACAACAGCGCCUGUGGCUGUAAUACGUUCGCGAGUGUUCUUCCGGCGAACUCGAAACCUUGUGGCCAUGGCGUCCUCGAUUUCUGCGGGAAACCUGCGAAUCCCACAAUCUCUCUCGCUUCCACCUCCCAAACCCAGGUCUCAGUUUGUUGUUCCACCUUGUUGUUCUUCCUCUUCUGCUGCUGCUACUUCACUGGUUCGCUCUCCUUUAACUGCCGCUUCGAUUCGCUCUCGAGAAUUCUCUCGCCAGAGCAGCGUGGUCCGGUCGAGCGUCGUCAAGAGAGCCUCCGCCUCCGACAUCAGUGCCGACAUCAGCGACGCUCUCGGCGAUGUUCGCAUCUUCACUGCCUGCGGCCAGCCCGUGAUGUUCAAGGAUCUCUGGGACCAAAACGAGGGAAUGGCUGCCGUGGCGCUGUUGAGACACUUCGGUUGUCCAUGCUGCUGGGAACUCGCUUCGGCUUUAAAAGAAUCGAAAGCCAAGUUUGACUCUGCUGGUGUGAAAUUGAUUGCUGUUGGUGUUGGGACUCCUAAUAAAGCUCGCAUUCUUGCUGAACGGUUACCAUUCCCAAUGGAUUGUCUUUAUGCUGAUCCCGAGUGCAAGUCGUAUGAUAUUCUGGGCUUGUAUUAUGGUCUUGGCCGCACAUUCUUCAAUCCAGCAAGCGCAAAGGUCUUUUCCAGGUUUGAUGCUCUUCAGAAAGCUGUGAAGAAUUACACAAUCGAAGCGACUCCAGAUGACCGCAGUAGUGUUCUGCAACAGGGUGGGAUGUUUGUCUUCAAAGGCAAGGAAUUGUUAUAUGCCCGGAAAGAUGAAGGAACCGGAGAUCACGCCCCUCUAGAUGAUAUUUUGGAUGUCUGCUGCAAAGUCCCAGUAUCAUGAAGUUCUUGCUACACACGUACACUCUCACACUUAUGUGACAGCACAUACUUCAUGUAGAAACAUGUAUUUACAAGAAUGAACUUUCAGCUCGUUAGAUGCCAGUGUACUCUUUCGAUUAUAGAUAACUGCCAAUGUUGAUUGUAC